ACCACAGACCGGAGGAGAGAAGGAGGAACCAGGAGCAGUAGUAAUGGCGAAGAGGACGCGAGGAGGCGCAUCGGUCGAUCAGCGAGACUCCCAUUAUUCUCACGGACUGAGUGAACCCACGCACGCAAGCUCUCGUGCACAGGAAUCAUUAAGGGCGUCUGCUGCUGUGAACCGUGGAUUAACGUUAACUGUACAUGACGAGGGGUCGAUCAUGUCACUGCCGGAGGAGGACCUGACGUGCCCCGUGUGCUGCGACAUCUUCACGGACCCGGUCCUGCUGUCAUGCAGCCACAGCUUCUGCAGGAUCUGUCUGAAGCGCUGCUGGGACACGUGUUUACGCGAGUGUCCGGUGUGCAGGAAAAGAGCCACCAAGUCCAAUCCCCCCACCAACCUGGCUCUGAAAAACGUCUGUGAGGCUCUGCUGCAGGUCAGGAGCCAUGCGUCCGUGGCACUGGAGGAUAAGACGAACUGUACCCUGCACGGGGAGAGGUUGAAACUGUUCUGUCUGGUCGACCAGCAGGCAAUCUGUGUUGUGUGUCAGUCGUCUAAACUUCACAAGACCCACGACUGCUCGCCAAUAGAAGAGGCCGUGCUGGAUUGUAAGGAUGAACUUGCUUUAACCCUCAAACUCUUGCAAGAGAAAAUGGACAGCCUCAUAGAAAUUCAGCGGACCUCCACGGAUAUGUCAAAGUACAUCAAGAAUCAGGCGCUAGAAACGCAGAGACUGAUCAGGAGCCAUUUUGAGCAGCUGCGUCAGGAGCUCUGUCAGGAGGAGUCGGCCAGAUUAGCAGCUGUGAAGCAAGAAGAAGAGGAGAAGAUCACGGGGAUGAAGGAUAAGAUCAAGGAACUGUCCGCAGAAGUGCUGUCCCUCACAGAGACCAUCUCCGUCAUACAGGAGCAGCUGCAAGAAGAGGAUAUGGUUCUGCUGAAGAAUUUUAAAGCCACCCAGGACAGAAGCAAAAGCAUUGAGCUUGGUUCAGACAACAUGUCUGGAUUACUGAUUGACGUGACCAAUCAUCUCUGCAACCUCAAGUACAGAGUGUGGGAGAAAAUGCUGGACCACAUUGAUUACACUCCAGUGACUUUGGACCCAAACACAGCGCACCCCUGCCUCAUCCUGUCUGACAGCCUCACUUCCCUCCACUACGUAAAGCAGUCCUGCUGUUGCCCUGACAACCCAGAGCGCUUCCACAUUAGCGCUGAAGUGGUAGCCAUGACUCCGCUUGGUUCAGGAAGUCACCACUGGGUUGUGGAGACAGGAAGUAAUCAGGACUGGCUUCUGGGCGUGGCUUCUCUGUCUGUGCCCAGGAACACUGAGGUCUCCGCUCGGCCCGAAAAUGGCUUCUGGACUUUGUGCUUCCGGGACGGAGAGUUCAGGGCGAUGACAUCCCCGCCCACCCCGCUGACACUCUCAAGGACGCCAAAACAAAUCAAAGUGCAACUGGAUUACAACAAAGGGACAGUGUCUUUUCUUGACCCUGCUGACAACACAGUCAUUUGUGUAUUUACCCACACGUUCACCAAAACUUUACUUCCAUAUUUUUACACACAGAGCAGUCAUCCACUUAAAAUAAUGCCAGAGAAGGUACUUGUCACAAUGUUGCGUCAAUAACUGACUGAAUGAAUAACUUGUUGUGUAAAAAACACCACCUGAGGCCAGAGAUGAAAUGGUUUGGUUGUCAUGGUAAUGUCUUUCACGGACGACAAGGAAAAUAUUCUUUAUCUGAAUCAUUUUGCUGCUUCCAAAGCUUUGGCUCUAGUCAGCUCAGUUUGACAUUUUGGGAAAGAGCUAGCCAGGCUCUUUUCAAGGGUCCGCCCUACAUCACCUCUGAAACGCCCUCAUUAACACAUUAUAUUUAGUUUUUUAAAUAACACAAAGCACUUUUUAAUAGCAGAUUUCCAAAGUUAUGUGCAUACAUAAAAACAGAGUAUCGCAAAAAGACAUGAAAAAGUGACAGUUACGGAAAAGAAAAGAAUAAAAGGGAAAAUUAUAGAUAUGUAUGUAACAAUAAUAAAAUAAAGAACAAGGGUACAAAAACUGAAGUGCACAAUCCACUGUUCAGCAGGGGUAAGUGGCUGGGGCAUGUAACUUCCCUGAAUCUCCAAUGCCUUGCAACCUGCCCUGCAGACAACCCUCCUGUAACAUGAAAAACUGCUUUAAAAGUGGUGUGCGGGGUAUUUUCUUACCUUCGGAGAGAUCUGUGUUCGCCCAGUUUCCAGUCUUCAUGCUAAGCUAACAUAAACUUCCCCUAUGCACUGUAGCUAUGAGGGUGAUGUAUUAAUAUUUUGCAUAUUCCAUAUUAAGUUGGACUGGGAUAGAGGAGAGUUUUCUAACCUCUCCAGCAUCAUGCACCUUAAGAAAUGGAAUCAUAUCAUGCAUGAAACACACAUGCAAACUUGUUUCACUAUUCCAGUGAGGGACACUCAUUGACAUAACCCCUAACCAUCACAAAUACAUGCCUUACAAAAGUCUAACUUUCACACUUACCCUAAAACUCAAGUCUUAACCCUCAAAAACCUGUCCCUACACACAUGUGGGGACCUCAACCUUCAGAGUCCCCAUGGAUCAGUGUGCAUUCCUGGUUCGAGUCCCCACCAGGAUAUAAAAACUAACAACCACACACGCACAUACCUCAUUUGUGUAGUUGCAUGUUUGGUUUUCCAGUUAAAUUCCAGCUUCAUGAGGUGUCAUUCACUUCAAGUGAAGUAACAUUUCACUGGUGAAAAGGUGUUUUAUUCUGGAGGGAUUUAAUAUGGUAUGAGUUUAUUAGUCUACUUGUACACAUGGUGGCGCCAAAGCCAAGCAAGUAUUUUUGAAGGAUUUCCAUACAGUUGAGACAGCAGCUUUGAAACCAGCAAACUUAUUGUAAUAAGAGAAAAUUAUUUUAAAGAACAAAAUCAUUAAAUAUUAAACAUGAAAUAAAAAAAUGAUUCCCUCUUGUUUCAUCAUAA